GCUAUAACAUUCUCUUUACACCCCAGAUGAAAAGCAUGGAGAGACUAUGGGCCCAAUGCUUGUGGCUGCUUCUGCUGGGUGUGCUGGUCAACAUAGAAUGUGAAACCCUUUCACUGGGCAAUUCGACUGCAGACAGUGUUAACAACACCUUCAACAGCACCACCAGUGCGUCUGGUGCAGUGCCUGGGAUCACCACAACCCCACUGCCGUCAGGAAACCAUACAGAAAACAGCAGCACUCUCACUAGCUCUGUGACUAGCGUGCCAGCCACCACACCUCCGAGCAACACCACCACUGACACUGAUCGGGGCAAUACCACCAGAGAGGUUGACAAGACAGCUACACCCACAAGAGUGACCAAGGACACUCACUCAGCGACCACAAGAGCAGUGGCAACUGCGAGCCAGCCAUAUCAAGAAGGUAACAAAGCAGGAUAUAUCAUUUUGAUAAUCAUCAUUAUAACUGCAAUCCUCCUUGUGAUUUAUUGUUGCUUCAAAAAGAACAAAAAAAGGAGAUACUCUAUUGACCUGCGCAAUAAGCAUGAGGACGCUGUGAUCCCGCUCAGCACAGUGGAGGCUGAUGCUGUGUUUGAUACUACGCCUGAGAAAGAGAUGGGGACCUUCACUGCCCAAGAAGCAGGUGCGGCCUCUCCAGAAGCUGCGGCCUUGGCUCCUGAGCCUACAGGGGAACCAGAACCUGCGAAGGGGGAGCCUGUGGCAGGAGAGGAGAAGGUCACUGAGGCCAAAGUCUCCGGCUCCCAGGAGCCACUGACCGUUGAUCAGAAGCCUGAGAAGAUGGAGGUGGUGGAUCUUACUGACGGAGAGCCCACCGUCUCCACCAAAACCUCUGUGGAGUCUCUGGAGGACCAGCUCAAUGACAACAACAGCAACAACUACUGCACUAGAGCUAAUGGGAGAGGUUUUAAGGGCAGUGUUUAUGAGAUCCUUCAGAGCGACCCAUUUUAGGAAACGCUGGCCUCCCAAACCUGACCACAAUAGCUGAACUGUUCACCCUGAUGAAAAGGAUGUUGGAAAUGGACCUCCACCAAUUCAGUUCAAAUGUAGCCUACUACACUCUCUCCAACUCUUUAUUGUUGUUUUAGUAGUUUCAUAUGCAAAUGCAAUUCAUUAUGAUUUAAUGUUAUUGCAUUUACAUUAUAUUAUUGGUCUAUGCUUCAGUAUAAUGUGGUAAUAUGUUUCCAGGUAUGCUUGUUUUAACUUCUAGUGUCAUUAGUAAUCCAUGGCAGGUGAGGUGUCUGGCUAUCAUCCAUCACUGUCAUAUUCCAGAUGAAUUUCUUUUGAUGUUGAUAAGGUUUUAGAUUCUUGCCAUUCCUAUGUAACUUUGCACAUUCCUCUGUCAUUUAGAAAAAAUAAAUAAAUGUUUCCCAUA